UAGAGGGACGCGAUAGCAAAAUGGCGUCCGGAGAUGCGGCUGCUUUGUACGCGACCGACGAAAAAGGGUCGUACAUCCCUGCCACGCAGCGUCCGGACGGCACUUGGAGGAAAGCGAGACGCGUCAAGGAUGGCUAUGUGCCCCAGGAGGAGGUCCCGCUGUACGAGAGCAAGGGCAAGCUGUGGGCCAAGAGUCAGACACCCGGCCUCUCUUACCCCGUGGGGCUGUCCCAGGCCGAGAUUGAGGAGCUGAAGGCUCGCGAGGCGGCGCGCAACGACCCAGACGCCGCUGCCAAAAAGAAAAAGAAGAAGAAGAAGAAAAAAGCGGGCACCGAGGGCGAGGGCGACGGAGCCAACAACGCGAGUCUAGACCGGCUCGCAUCCUCACUCGAAUCCAAGGUGAAGCUGGAGGAAACGCAGAAAAGCGCUGCCACCGCGCCGGCGGCGGCCGUGACGGACCCAGCCAAGAGGCUGCGGAACCUGCGCAAGAAACUGCGGGACAUAGACGCGCUCAAGCUGAAGAUCGAGUCGGGAGAGCUGGCCAAUCCGGAGAAGGAACAGCUAGAGAAGCUGGCGAGACGCGGCGAGGUCGAAGCCCAGAUCGAAGAGCUCGAACUCGAGCUGGACGAAGAGGAGUGACGGCGGAAAGUGCGUCGGCGGACGAAACAGACUAUAGAGGAGGGGACGAUCAGCCGUGCAUCACUCGCGUCAUAUGUUGGGGCAAGGCGAAUAUGGAAGUAGGGGGUGGGAGGGGUUAGUCAACGUGUCUGGCAGUUCAUAAACAUUGCCCCGACCUCUUUUUUAUUUGCCGUUUCACAUUACAGUAAGCCUCAUUUUCAUUACAGUGCUUUAUGUUGAACUCAACAAAUGGCCGGCAUCGCUGCAGUUACGUCACAUGACACGGUUAGCCCGAAUGCGACACCGUCGACGUGUUCACUUGUUUGCUCGUACAGCUCGGCCUUGAACACCAAACUUUACCGCCCCAGUCGGUUCGGUUCAUUCGCAUACACCACCACGCUAACGAACCGGAUGGCAGGCGAGAGAGAGCCGAGCAACCGACAAUUGUGCGUUCGUGCCAUCCGUGUCGUGCCUUGUACGUGCGUCCGAAAUCCACGGGUUAAGAAAGCGUAAAAAAUGAAAAAGGUGGCUCUUUUUUUUAAUGCAGAUCGAGAAUGUGAUAAUUGUAGUGCCUGCAAUGCGUCUCCGACUAAGUGCGUUUAGUACCCCAUCUCGCCCGUACAUCAAAAGUGGUUCCGAUGUGGCAACAAACGGAAUGUCACGCUGUUGGCCCUAGAAAUGCUUGCGAAAAGCACGAGUGAACGCAAGUGUCGCCGUCGUCGUGGCGUCCCAUCUCCUGGCUGCCAAGCUGCCGAGCAACGUGCUGCAGAACGGGCACCUGCCACAUUCACCAACCCGCUGCGACACUACCAGGAUCACGGCUGGUGACAACGUGACACAUCUACAAUGUCAUCCGGCGGAAAUCGAGGGACUGCGUUUUAGGUCAUGGUGAACAGACCGGUCGGAGACGCUUUCCAAGCACCAUAGUGAUGGUAUAGAUUAAUCUUUUCGAAGACUUUGCUACAAUGUUUUUUGGGCAUUGCGGCAGUAGCUACUCGUCGGUUCUGCGUUUGCCCGUUUGAAGGAAGAACAAGGUGUGUAGGACACAAAAGGAGCAUGGGAAACGCAUUACCAGUAAACAGUGGAAAUGGUGGCGAUUACGGUAUUUAUUGUGCAGGCGGCCAGUUUCGUAUAAGUUUAAUUCCAACUGUCACAAUCGGAAUGUGCCGGUUUGUUCCGCUUUCAGUUUAUAAGUUCAUCGGUGUCAUCGGUGCUGUGAAGUGUAUUUAUCUGUACGUUGUGUCAAAUGAUUUACUUAAGCGUGCGCAAAAACUGAUCUCCGAUUGGCUGCCGUGCUUGUUUGUGCACCAAACAGCAGCUGAAAUUGGGUCUACCGAGAAUAUUAAUUGGAAGGCCGCUUCUUCGUUAGAAUGUACAAAUCCCAUUUUUGUGUGUGUGAAGGUAACUGUGAUUUUAGAACUGUUUUGUUAUUGUGACAAUAAUCCGCGACAUUGUGUCCAGUGGCAUUGCCCGAAUGUAGGGGUGCACUAAGUGAUAGGAACUUUUAAAAUGCAUGCUGCAUGAAGAUUGGAACGUUUUCUUUGAAUGACUGCAAUCACACUAACUGUAUUAGAGCCUAGCAUUUUCUUUUUAGUUUUUGAUGACACAAAGCAAGCACUAGCAUGCCUGCAGCAUCAAGGCAGUGCAUUUCACUCUUUCACGAGGCAAAUUUGGCUCGGUACCAGGGAACAAUUUCAGCGAGCACGUAGAAGGACGCUUUCUUAUACGACUUUCACAGUCUCCGGCGUCGCAUAGUUACAAUGCAAAACUACUAGAGAAAACAGAAACCAGAACUAUGGCUAUCACAGUGCAUUCUGUGUUCAGUCACUCCCAGUUUCCAUUGCUGCAAAGCUGACUCACCUGCUAGUGCUUUGAUUCAGAGCCGUAUAUCGGGAGAGUUUGGCCAGUCUGAUCUCGCCGCCAUAAUGCCCCCUUCCCGAGUGAGCCAAUCGGCCUGCGGCCCAGAGCGAGAGGCGUGAGCGCAUGCGCGUUAACUCCCGGCUGCUCUCACCCAAGCGGGGAGGGCCGCCAUUUUCAUUCAUUCGCCCAGUGGAAUGCGUAGGAUCGGCACCCAAAUUUAGGUUCUUUCCUUUUAUUUGGCAGGCUCUGGCAAGAAAAUGAUGUAGUGUUAUUCCUCGGUGACUUGAAAAGCUAAUGAGUGAAGUUUCGGCAAGUUUCAGCGCAAACUUUUAUUCAGCGAAAAAGAAAUAAGAUUGUAGCAGACGACGCAUAGCCUCAACAGUGCUCGGUGCUGACAGCCCGUGGCAUUAAAACGGCGGUCGUCUCGUCUUAGCUUCCUCCUUCCUCUCGCUUCUUCGGCACUCCUCCCUUUCCUUCACUUUUCUCCUCUCCAGCGCCUUCGUCGCCACACUCUCCCAAUAUACGACUCUACUUGGAUUUAAAGGGAUAUGUUUUAGUACACCUCCAGAUUGCUUUCCUUGUAUCACGGAGACCUUACACCGUUUCCACAAGUAAACAAUUUGUUGAAUGUUUUCUUUUGUACACUCGAGAUGAAAGCCACACCAAAGCAAGGAUGCAUACACAUAUCGCUGCACGUCUUUGACUUGGUAAUAAUUUCGCGAUCUGUUUCUGUGCGAAUGACCUCAUGAAGAUUAACUUUUUUCUGAAGCAUUUGCUUAAAAACGUGGGUACAAGAAAUGGAUAGUCUACAAGAUCUGACAGCUACUGUCAGCUUCUUUUCUGCCUCGAAGUUAUAAAGCCAAUUUGGCACGAGCCAUCUGCGGGUCUUUCUGCCAGUCUCCUCUUCGCGUUCCACCGUAGAAUUUGAAUGGAGGAAAGUCCUUCGGCAUUAGACCUUGAAAUUUGCAUGCCUAGUGUCCAUAGGGUUUUCUCGAAAAACGAGCGCUACACUUGCGACUAUUGCGCCUGAGCCUUUUUUGUGCUACAAAAGAAAGCUACCUACGUCAAAGUGCUUCGAGCACGAAGUGCUGGAAGUACUUCAAGCGCUUCAUUGUGAAGUGAGAUCUGUCACUUGAAACAAUGACACUUUUAACAAAAAUAAAGGAGAUUGAAAACUGACA